CAUAGAUGCACAAACAUACACUCACACAGACAGACAGACAGACGCACGUACACAGAUGCACACACACACUCACACACACACACACACAUAGUCUGACAGGUGAGAUGGAAAACAUGUUGACCUACAUUCAGUCACAAGAUCAUUUGACUGAGCUGUUUCCAUGACGAUGCAGCCAACAUGGUACAAAGGUCACCUCUUCAGAAACUACAGGUGAGCCAGGUCACAUGACGUCUGUCUUACAGCAGCUACACCGUGAUAGGCUGGAGCUGUGGUUGUGGUGUAAACAGGCUGUCACCUGGCAACCAGGUGAGACACAGAAGAACCUGAAGAAAACAAGUCAGACGGAGAAGAAGCAAAGACAAGAGACUGCUCGAGAAAAACAAGGAAUGAAAAGAGGAUUUUAAGGAGGAGCUGAGGCCGGAAGAGACAAGUAAAGGACAGAGGAGGAAGAAGAGGAGGAAGAGGAGUGAGAGAAGAAGUAAGAGGAAGAGGAGGAGGAAGAGUGAGAGGAGGAGGAGUAAGAGGGGGAGUGAGAGGAAGAGGAGUGAGAGGAAGAGGAGUGAGAGGAGAUGGAGCGCAGCGUGAUCCAGCUGAGUCACUGUCAGAAAUACAUCUUCUGUUUCUCGUUGCCGGACGAGUGUCCGAGCUGUGGAGAGGAGCUGGAGGGGAGACGACUGCAGGAGGCGCCAGUGAGCCUCCCCUCCCCCUUCACCAACGGACAUAACCGCUCCUGCUGCCUGCUGGUCACACCUGCACAGGACAACCUGAACAGAGACUUUGAUGGGACUUCAGAUCUGCACACAGGCAUCUCCAACUCUAAAGGAGUUGUGUAUAACUACACUCAGGGCGGGGUGCACAGGGACCAGAGUGGGUGGGAGCACUGCGUCAGUGUUCCUCUGGUCCGACCUGACAUGUACCACCUUCUGGCUCAGUGGGACCAGUACCUGGACCACUUCUCUGAUGGACCCAUGUGGGACCCUGCAUGGCACAGGUUCAACGAGGACGACCAUAACUGCUUCAGCUUCUGUCUCGGCUUUGUGAACAGCGUCCUGGCAGUGGAGGGGCAGAGCUCUCUGACCAGAGAGACGUUCACUCACACCUACAUCCUGCCGAAGAUGAAGAGAGUCUCAAAAUUCACCACGUUGUACCAACACAUCCAGAGACACCAGUACUACGUGGUAGACAGAAAGAGAGACAGACAGGAGGACAGACAGGAGGAUGUCCCCACCAGUGUUGGGCAGUCAUCUGAUAACUCUUUUCAGUACCAGUAAUGUGAGGGAUCCAAUCUGAGAGUCAGACACUGUUGGACUGAGGGUUGGUCUGUCGGUUAAAUUAGAGUGUGGACACCUGGCCUGAGCCUGUCAGACCCAUCAGGACCAGUUAGGCGCUGUCAGGUUGAGCUGGGUUUGUACAACAAGUUUGAACAGAUAUUCUGGUUGGGAUCUGGUUCCGUCCCUAUCUACGUCUGUAGCCAGGGAGACAUCCUCCAUCAUGAAGAGAACAUGGGGUUCACUGCACACUGUGUGUGUAUGAGUGUCCUAAUUGUAACUGUCACAGUUUGAAAAUAAAUGAGAACAACUUCGAAGCUGCA